AUGGCUUGGUGUGACCGCGGGGUUCAGACGCUGCUGGCCACCGUGGGGGCUUUCGCUGCCUUCAGCCUGAUGACCAUCGCCAUCGGCACGGACUACUGGCUCUACUCGCGGGCGUACAUCUGCAACGCCACCAACGCCACCUCGGAUGACACCGCGUCUCAGCCCAGGACCAAGAGAGGCGAUCUCACCCACUCCGGGCUGUGGAGGAUCUGCUGUAUUGAGGGUAUCAACCAAGGCAGCUGUUACAGAAUCAACCAUUUCCCUGACGACAACGACUACGACACAGACAGCUCUGAAUACCUGCUGCGUAUAGUGCGUGCCUCCAGUGUGUUCCCCAUCCUCAGCACCGGCCUGCUGAUGCUGGGGGGGCUGUGUGUCGCCCUGGGGAGGGUCUACAACAAGACAAACAACUUUCUCCUCAGCGCAGGGAUUCUCUUCGUGGCUGCAGGUCUAAGCAACAUAAUCGGAAUCAUCGUCUACAUCUCCAGCAACGCAGGAGAUCCCAGUGACAAACGGGAUGAUGACAAGAAGUACACCUACUCCUACGGUUGGUCCUUCUACUUCGGCGCCCUCUCCUUCAUCGUGGCCGAAGCCGUGGCCGUCCUCGCCAUCAACAUCUACAUCGAGAGAAACAAGGAGGUCCGCUGGAAGGCGCGGCGCGAGUUCAUCCGCUCGCUCUCGGCGUCCUCCCCUUACUCCAGGAUUCCGAGCUUCCGUUACCGCCGGCGGACGUCGCGCGCCAGCUCUCACUCCACGGAGGGAUCGCGGGAGAAUUCUCCAGUGGCCGGGCUGAAGGGGAGGCCGUCCUCCAGCGGCGCCAUGGACGAGCUCUCCAUGUACGCCCUGGCCAGGGACAGCGUGACGGACAACACGUACAGCCCUGAACAUGACGCUGCUGCCGAGUUCCUGCAGGUCCAUAACUGUUUUACCAAUGAUUUAAAAGACGGGGUGAAUCGCAGGACCACACCCGUGUGA